GUCGAGGCGCUGCGUUUCACGCGUGAGGCGCUCGGCCGCCGCGACGCGCAGCCGAAGCGCACGGACGUGCAGUGCGAGUGCAUGGAAGCGUUGCGGUGGAGCGCCGCGCGUAGCCUACGCCAGUGCAUCAAAGAACGCGAGGAGCGCGUUCGGCGCAUCGAAGCCCGGGCGGCGCACUUCGAGGCGUCCGGGGUGGCCGAGGCCGCGAGAAAGGCUGCGCCACCGGAAUUCAGGCCGCUUAUCGCAGGCGUCAACAUUCCACUUUUAAAGGAAUUGGCGCGUGAGUCUGAGUGGCGCGACGCAGAGUGCAUCGACUUCUUCUCGCGAGGCGCCCCUCUGUUGGGUAACCUAGCAUGCAGCGGCAACGGUCGCGCGCUCAGCCCGGAAGAGCGCGCGGGCGACACUAGCGCUGAGGUAGCCCGUUUGCGUGCCAGCGCGCUCGCGUGCAACGACUUGAUACUUGCAUCAAUUCGCGAGGAUCCCCUCGCCAGCGAGGUGCUCCGUAAGACGCGGGAGGAGGCGGACUUGGGUGGGAUGUCUCCGCCGCGGGCUUUUAGGCCCGACAUCUCCGCGAAAUUAAGCGUGGAAGGCGCAGACCAGCUGGUAGCGGUCGCGCGCGCCUUCUUCGAGUUGCACGGCGUGCUUCCCGAGCUGUGGAAAGCGGACAUAGAUUCCGCUCACCGCCGCAUCCCGUUGGCCCCCGCCGAUAGGUGGGCCGCUGUCAGUGUUUUCAAGGAGCGCGGCCGCCUGUGGUGCUCGCAGCACCUGGUCUGCCCGUUCGGCGCGCUAGCAUCUUGCCGCGACUGGGGCCGCGUGGCCGCCAUGCUCUCGCACUUCGCAAGGCGGCUCGCCAAGCUGCCAGUUUCGCGAUACGUAGACGAUUAUUUUGCGCCGGAUCGCCCCGGCGCGGCCGACCACGCCAUGCGGUGCUUCGCUCGCGUCGUCAGAGCCGCGCUCGGCAGCGACGCAGUAGCCGACGCGAAGCUGGCGCGCGGGGCCCAGCUGGUCGUGUUGGGGCUGCUCUUUUCUUUCUGUGCGCAGGGCGUGCACUGCGAGCCAGCGUGCGACAAGCGGCUCAAGUGGUCGUCCGCCAUCCGGCAUGCUUUAGAGUGCGGCACGUUGCACCGGGGCGCUGCGAAGAAACUCGCGGGCGCUCUCGCAUGGGCCGCGCAGCGCUUGUUUAAGCGCUUGAGCAGAGCAAUGCUCCGCCCACUCUUCGCGCACCAGCACAAACGCUCCAAUCGUAUCGGGCGGCCUCUCGAGCUCGCGCUGCGCUGGUGGGCCCAAGUGCUCGAGCUCAGGCUGCGCGAAGUGGCCAGCUGGAAGCAAGGGGACAUGCCCGCGGCACACAUGUUCUGCGAUGCGCGGACUCUGAUGCGGAAUUUCAAGCGCAGACGCGACGGCCAGGUCAUGGGCCUCGAGGUCUUGGCGGUCGCAUUAGGCUUGUCGUCUUUUGAAGAGCGACUGGCAGGUCGGGCGCUGGAAGUGUUCUCGGACAAUUCGGGGGCCGAGAGGUCAGUGGCGCGCGCGAGCGCCCGGGACUGGGAUCACGCAGCCCUCGUCCGCGGCAUUUGGUCUCUCGCGGCGCGCAUGUCCCUGUCGAUGUGGGUGCGCCGCGUCCCGUCCAAAAGCAACAUCUCGGACGGGCCGUCCCGCGAGGUCUACAGUCUCUUGCACCUGCUCGGCGCGCGCCAGGUGCCAGCGGUGCUCGAUGCGCGGUUUCACGCAGCCGAGGCCUGGGAGGCGCUGUGGCUCU